CCCACCUAAACCCCUUGUGGGGUCCUGAAACUCUGGAAAGUUCCCGCAGCUUCACAAUGAGGAGUUUGAAUCUUUGCUCGACGCUCCUUCUCUUGUGUUUGGCCAGAGGAAGCCUGCAGGGUGGAGUAAAGCCGCAAGGAAAUGGCCGGGGCGGCCCGUACUUCCCAUCACUGAUAAGGGGUGUAGGAGGUGUGCAGCCAGGAGCCGGAUUGGGACCCGCUGGAGCCAAAGCAGGGAAAUAUCCUGGUUAUGGGGGCCCAGGAGGACUCCCCGCAGGACUGGGAGCCCAAAAUGGAUUUGGGACUGGACCAAGCUUUAUGGGCAGACCAGGCUAUGGUGUUCCAGCUGGUUAUGGACCAGGAUUAGGUGCUUAUCCACAACCUAGGAAGCAAAAAUCAGGUUACCGGGGAGUGGGCUACCCCCGUGUUGGCCUCCCCUUAGGAGGUCUUGGAGCCCGAGGCAAGCCUUCCAAAGCAGGUUACGGGGCAGGGCCCAGUGCCUACCCAGGAGCCGGUGCACAACAGGCCUAUCCAGGUGGAGGUGGAGCCGGCAGCUACCUGGGCAACGGACUUCAGAAUGGCUACGGCAACGGCUAUGGAGCUGGAGGCAACGGGUUUCCGAGUGCUGGGCUUCAGCCGGGCGCAUAUGGAAAUGGUGCCCAAGCUCCAUAUGGAGCUCAGUUAGGAGGACCUGGUGGAGACCCUGCCACCAGUAAAUAUGCAGGACCAGGACAGCUCCCAUACAAUGGGCAACCACAGCAGCCAGAGACAACCGGCCUGGGAGGAGAAUAUGGAAACGGCAGAUAUGGAGCUCCCCAGAGCCCAUACGGAGGCCAAGAUGGAGGACCAGGUGGAAGGAGUGUAGACCCAGCCGCAGUCAAAUAUGGAGAUCCCAGCCAGCUGCCCUAUGGUGCUCAACCUACCAGCCUGGGUACUGAGGGUAAGCCAAGACCAUAUGGCAAUGGAAAUGGUCUGGGAUAUAUGAAUGGCGGCGAUUCCCAAACCAAUGGUUUAGGAGCAGGUGCAUAUGGUCCCCUGGCAGCAGGGCAAGCGCCCGGAGGAUAUGGCACAUCACUGGGCCCUGGGCAAGCAUUGGGUGGAUAUGGGGGGAAGGUAUCAAAGUAUGGUAUGAAUGGAUUUCUGGGGAAUGGCUACAGAGGACGCUGCCCUUCUGGAAAAUGCUAAUGAAAGGUGUCAUUCACUCUGUGGGACUCCCCGCAACAUGAUCCAGGAAUCUCAACCACCUCUGGUGCUCAUUCUGAUAACGACAACGCGGCUCCCAGUAUAAAUUAUCAUCUCUGUAUUGUUUCCUACUGUGUUUUUAUUUGUAGAAAUCUUUUGAAAGGAAAAGAAGGACAUGCAGUGGUCUGGACCUUUUUUGCUAGUAUGACAGAAACACACACAGACGUGGCGGAUCUGUAGGUCAAACCUAUUUGUGAGAAAAGGGAUUCCACGUAUUUGCUCCACUUCUUUGGAGGUAACCUAGAGAGGGUCAAAUCUUGGCGUGUAUCUGGUGUGUAUCUGCCCCGGCAGGAGUAUCUUUUCAAUUAAAAAAUUAAACUCCA